AUGAACCGUUUCUCCCUCCGCUUCAACCCGUUGUUGCGCCAGCAAUUCAGCGCCUUCCGCCAAUCCUCUUUCAGACGGUUCAACGCCACUGCCAAGGAUGCUGCUAAGAAUGCGGCGCCUGAAAAGAAGGCUACGGGUAUCAAAGCCCUUAUCCAGGAAUACGGCUAUUCAGCCUUAGGAGUCUAUGUCGGGUUAUCCUUCAUCGACUUACCUAUCUGCUUCUAUGCGGUCCAUUCGCUCGGCGAAGAGCGUAUCGGGACCUACCAGAACUCCGUCAAACAGGUGUUUGGCUAUGGGAAGUCUGACGAAGAGCUUGCUGAGUACUUCAGAAAAAAGGCAGAGGACAAGGCCAGUGGGGCUCAAGAAGAAAAGUCCACCUCUUACUACUCCCAGUUGUUCACCGAGUUCCUUGUGGCCUACGGCAUCCACAAAUCGUUAUUCUUUAUCCGGAUUCCGAUCACCGCCGCCAUCACGCCGAGUAUUGUUGCCAGAUUGAGGAUGUACGGCUUCAACAUAGGCAAGAAGUCGUUGCUGCCUACCAAAAUCACCGGCACCACCGUCAAGGCCGUGAAGAAGAAGUUUGACCCCACUGCCACCAAUGCUGAAAAGUUUGGCACCACUCCAACCAAGGGCCAGAAGGGCAUGGGCGGGAUCUUCUAG